UGACGGUCUGAGUUUGGAAAAAGCGUGUAAUGACCAAAGUGACCUCAUUGAAAGUCCAACCAAACUUACCAUGCAUGGAAUCCCAGACAGGGCCACAAUCCAAGUCCGAACACUUGCGGCGUCCGUUACAAAUAUCACCUACAGACUCCUCCAGCACACGUGGUGACCGUCGAUUGGCUCAAUGAUGUUAACUCUGUUGGCACCAACUCAAAUGUCCGGCGUGAAUGGCAGCCCGGCUCCUCACAACCACAAGCACGAUCCCAAGAGCAUUCCACCUCCAGUUUUUAUAGUUCGCCACCUGUUCGGUGAAAUUCCCCACUGACUGGCGGAUUACUGAUCAUGGACUCAAACGACCCUGAGACUGCUCGAGAAGGACGUAGGAGGGGAGACCAUGACGUUGAUGUGAGAGACAAGGUUGAUAAGCUCAGUAGUCUGCCCAACCCAAUUCUUCAUUGUAUCUUCUCGUUUGUUCCCACCAUCGACGUUGUCAGGUGCAGCCUGCUAUCGAGGAGAUGGAGGUAUUUUUGGACCUCAAUGCCUUUCUUAGAUAUUGACCACUGCUACUUUUGGUCACCCCAUAUCAAGUUUGGAAACCAAUUGGAGUUUGGAGUGAAAUUUACAAACUUUGUGACAUCUGUAUUAAUGUUCAGAGAUGGUAGUGAUAUUCAGAGGUUUCGAUUGUCGAGUUUUAUCUAUUGCAGUAAGUGGGUCGACAUGUGGGUUACUGUUCUAAUGAGUCACAAUGUUAAGGAGCUUGAUUUGACUGUUUGCCCUGAGGAAUCAAUGGUGUUACCUCAGUGCCUUGCGGAUUCUGAUCAUUUGGAAACGUUGAAGUUGAAUUUAUUCAAUCAUGUUCUUGUAAUGCCUAGACCGAUGAUGGGUCGUUUUAGUAAGCUCAGUUCAUUGCAUCUUAUAUCCGUUAGAUUUCCUGAUAGUAAUUCGGCACGUAUGCUUUUCUUGAGGUGCAAGCUUCUUGAGCAUUUGGUACUGGAUAGGUGCAUCUAUGAAAAUAUGAGAGUGCUCAUUAUACGUGCAAUCAAUCUGAAGACUUUAACUAUUGACAAUGUUGGAAUGGGCAAUGAUGACUCGACAAAAACUGGACUCAAGAUUUUCGCACCCAAUCUCCUUUCACUCAAGGUGAUGGGUCCUAAGGCGUGGGAUUAUGAUUUACAAGACACAGCCUCCUUAACCGAUGUGUGUGUUCAGUUAUUCAUUGGCUUCAAGACUAGACGGGAGGGAGGCAUUAGUUGCCCAAUGUAUAAACUCUUCACCGGCUUCCAUAGCACAAAAUUUAUGAAGCUACAUAUUGAUUUAUUGCAGUUUUAUCUCCCAAAGAUUAAUGCACCAGAUUGUUUCCCUGCUCCAUUUCAAAAUCUGGAGUUCGUAAAGCUUUACACUGGAGCAGAUAAACGCAACCUGGAAUUUAUAUUGCAUUUGCUUCAGCACUCUCCAAUGUUAGAGACCCUUGCAAUCGAUUUCAAGGAAUGUGAUAGGAAUAAUCGCUGGGAAUCAGAGGACAAGGCUGUUGCAUGUUUGAUGUAUUGUCUCAAAACCAUUGAGAUAGGCAACUUUGAAGGGCAAGAAAACAUCCUUGAGUUGAUAAGGUUUUUGUUAAGGAAUGGGUGCUUGCUUGAAAAGAUGACAAUUACUUGGUCCUUGAAUGUGGAGAAACCGAUGGAAAUAAUCGAAAAUGGGUUGGCAAUAAUGGCGUUUCCAAAAGCCUCUUCAGAUGUUUCCAUAACAUUUCUUUAGGUUUUGGUUCUUGGGCCAAAGUAAGUGAUUCUGAUAUACCUAAUGUGCUUGAAGCUUUUGACCUUACUGUAACUAUUUGAUGUACAUGGUUGGCAUGGCACCCCUUUUUUGUGGUGCCCUAUUAACAUUAUUUCCCUUUCAGUUUAAAGGCCUUAAACUAAGAAAAUAGGAUUACAUGUCAUUGUAAUUUUUGUUUAUUUUUCUACUACAGUUCUGCAAUUACUACUUUUCCUGUAAGAUUCCCAUUACUGGAAAAGUUGGUUGUUAUAUAUGAACUUUAGUUCUAUAAAAUGAAGAGGUAGAUAUGAAUACUGGAAGACCCUUUUUUUUUCCCAAAAGUAAGGGUUU